AUGUAUAACAAAGAAUUUUCCCAUAAGAAGAAAGGGAAUAACAGAGUCUGGACGUUCCUUGCUUAUAAACCAUACGUAAAAAAUCUAAAGUUAUAUGAAAGUGCAAUAGAGCAUGCAAAAAUACUUACAAAUGGAUCAAUAGCAUACGGAAAAAUCAAUUGCCAAGCCCAAACAAGGCUCUGCGAAUCAUUAAAAAUAGAAAAUUUUCCAUCAAUUAUCAUUAAAAAUAGAACAUACGAUAUAAGCUAUAAUGAGCAACCAAAUCCCGUUCGAAUUGCCAAGGAAGCAUUCAGAAUUGUUAAUAGUUCUCUUGUUGAAGAAGUGAAUGAUUUCUGGCUCGAUGAUUAUCGCGCCAAACCUACAGCCAUUCUCUUCACAUGUAAGAAAGGAAUUCCUGGAUACUGGGCUGCAAUCUCUCGCGUCUACAAUAAAAAAUUAAGAGUUGGAAUUUGCCAUGAUGACGGCUUAUUUGAAGAAUUUGGUAUUAAGGAUGUACCACAGAUUGUAUUCUACAAUGAUACAAAGACUAUUCCUCAUGAAGGAGCAAGAAAAUUCAGAUAUGUCAAUGAAUCAGCAAAUGCAUUCUUAAAUAAGCGACCAUCUAAGUCUCCAAUAGGUGCGGACUUCCAUGUAAAUGCCGAAUUCCCUGAAUACUGCUACGAUUACCAGAAAACUUGCAUUUUCUGCAACGAAAACUUUAUUGAUCCUGAAUUAGAUGAAUUGAGAAACCAUUUUAGAGACCCAAAGUUCCAAUUCUUCAUCGGAAAAUCAGGUCUUCCGUUCAAAGAUAUCAAAUCUGGAGCAAUUGUCAUUUACAGCGCUAAGAAAGAAGGUAUAAUCAUAGAAGAGGAUAUAAAGAAGGCCCAGAGUGCUAUUGAUCGUGUAAUUGAUGGAACAGCCAAAUUUAAAUCGAUCCCAAGAAAUGAAAUUUACAUGGAGUUAUAA